UGCAACAUUUCAAAUAAAUGUCAUCGCUCACGUCAAAAUUGUAAAAAUAAUGCUUUCGUUCGUUUCACAUGGAAUUUAGUUUAUAAAUAAAGAUAUAAAAUAGGCUUUGUCCUAAUUAAACAACUGUAACUUCCUGUGCUAACACUACCCAUGUGUUAGAACCUUCUUUAAAGUGCUAAUUUCAGUGCAGAACGAGGGAUAAAAAUCUAAGUUCAUAAUGUCGAUGCCACAUAGCAGCUCAAGCACGACAAGUUCGAGCACAAAACGCAAGGAGAUCUACAAGUACCAGGCUCCAUGGCCGCUGUACUCCAUGAACUGGUCCGUACGACCUGACAAACGGUUCCGUCUCGCACUUGGUAGCUUUGUUGAAGAAUAUAAUAACAAGGUACAAAUAAUAUCUCUAGAUGAGGAGACUAGUGAGUUCAGUGCCAAGAGCACAUUCGACCACCCGUACCCCACCACUAAGAUCAUGUGGAUCCCAGACAGCAAGGGAGUCUACCCUGAUCUACUGGCGACCAGUGGUGAUUACCUUCGCAUCUGGCGUGCUGGGGAACCAUACACUCUCUUCGAAUGCGUGCUGAACAACAAUAAGAACUCAGACUUCUGUGCCCCGCUCACAUCGUUUGACUGGAACGAAGUGGACCCCAACCUCAUUGGCACCAGUAGCAUCGACACCACCUGCACUAUAUGGGGGCUGGAGACUGGACAGGUGCUCGGCAGGGUCAACGAGGUGUCUGGCCAUGUGAAGACACAACUUAUUGCUCAUGAUAAGGAAGUGUACGACAUAGCGUUCAGCCGCGCGGGCGGCGGGCGCGACAUGUUCGCGUCGGUGGGCGCCGACGGCUCCGUGCGGAUGUUCGACCUCCGACAUCUCGAGCACUCCACCAUCAUAUACGAGGACCCGCAACACACGCCCCUGCUCCGGCUGGCGUGGAACAAGCAGGACCCGAACUACCUGGCCACGGUGGCCAUGGACGCGUGCGAGGUCAUCAUCCUGGACGUGCGCGUCCCCUGCACGCCCGUCGCCAGGCUCAACAACCAUCGCGCCUGCGUCAACGGCAUCGCCUGGGCGCCGCAUAGUUCGUGCCACAUCUGCACGGCGGGCGACGACCACCAGGCCCUGAUAUGGGACAUCCAGCAGAUGCCGCGCGCCAUCGAGGACCCCAUCCUGGCCUACACGGCCGCCGAGGGCGAGGUCAACCAGAUCCAGUGGGGGGCCACGCAGCCCGACUGGAUCGCCAUCUGCUACAACCGACAUACUGAGAUACUGCGCGUUUAACGUGCCACUGACCCUGAAGAUGCUAUUGGUUUCUGGUGGAUACGAGGUGUGGUUAUUGAACAGGUACUUUUGUGGUGAUUUACAAGUCUCUGAUGAUAUAAGAGUGUUUGCAACUGAUAGUCUCGAACUUAUGUGUAUCAUGUUAAAAAAAACUUCAAAUGUGAUUCUUCUAUUUAGUUAGUAUAAGAAAAGAGUUAGUUUUCUUUCUUUCUUUUCACAUCUGUUUACUCUUUUCUACUUGAGAAUAAUAAUAUUUUAACUAUUCAACAAUAUGACCAAUUCUCUUAUAUUUUUAUGUUUCAUCUAAAUGUGUUAAACAGUUUUUGAUCUAAAGAGUAAUAAACAUACCAACUUCUAUGGAGGGUCGGAUGACUUGGUUGUAAGUCACCACAAAAAUAACUCAUGAAAUUAAUUUCAAUUUCUUUACUCUCCGUGUACCAGAAACCAUUAUGAUCUGAUUAACUUGUAGUUAGAUCAGUUGUGUACCAAAGUGGUACCCCAUACAUUAACGAGCCCCUCAAUACAUGUACUCCUGCCUACCACCGCCUCAAUGGGAAUGACAAUGUUAUGAAAAGGAGAUGUGGAAAUAUAUUAGACACGUAUUUUUGGGUCUGUUUAUUGAUUUUUAACCUUAUUACAAUGCUAUAGUAAGGUUGAAAAUCAUUUUAACUAUUGGAGUCAGUUUAUGCUGGUGUAUGAGUAUUUUGAACAUAGAAGUGACGUCAUCUGACAUUUUAAAAUCAGUGUCCAAAAACUUAUGAUGACAGACUGACACUGACAGUCAUCAUAAGUUUUUGCAGAAAAAAAUACGUGUCCAUUAUUUUUUCACCAUUUAUCUACUUUGACUUAAUAAAAUAUGUCAUUCCUAUAGUUUCGAACUGCGCAUUUUCGUGGUACACUGUCACUUAUUGUACGCGAUAACUUCACCCGGUUACAUACCUAACGCUAAUCUGUGUUUAUGAGCAUGGGUCCUAGUCUAUGAAAGACCGCAGACCCCACAAAAUUGUGAAACCGCAGCUGUGCUUUAUGCUGGGGCCACACUAAUGGAAUACACCAUUUGAUUAUGGCGAUAAUUGAUGUUCGUACGAACAUUUAGAGUUCAUAAUCGUUCAUUUGUUUUCAAAAUCAAUAGCGUAUUCCAUUAGUGUGGCCACAGCAUUACAGAAUACAGCGGUGUAAACAUAACCAUGAAAUCUGGUUGUUGAAAAAUCAUGAAAUAUGUUAUGUAGUUAACUUCGAAAGUCGGUUAAAGAGAAGUAAUUUGUUUGACGUGGACUGAUGAUUGGGUAUAAGUAAUAAUAAUUAGUUGAACUUGUGUUAUAUUGUAUGUUAACCGACUUUCAAUAUGGAACUUACAUGAAUUUUAUAACUGAUGGUAAAUUGUGAACGACCGUCACUAGAUCGUGAACCUAAUGAUUGAAUGUUAUCUCUUUAUCAAAAGACUGAAGGAAAAAAUUAACAUUUCUAAAUUUUACGACGUAACAGAUUUUUAUUUAAGAAUCAUUGAAAAAUUGUACAUGCAAAUAACUGUUUGUAUUCCUUGAAGGUUGAUUUUCACUGGAGGGCGUAAUACGAGUUUAACGAAAUUUAAACGAUACCGCGUUUAGCCUUCUGAUUGGUUGGCUCACUGGAGCAGGCCAAUCAGAGGCUGAACGUCACUAUUGCUUGUCGAUCACGUUAACGCAAAACAAAAUUGUACUAAGCCCCCAAGGGAAACUCCUGUCCCUUUCCAGGCAUACAAAUAGCAUUAUUUGUAUUUGUUUUUUUAUUUACUACCAUACAUUAUGUAGCUAGGAGGAAAGAGCAGAAAUCGUUUAAAAAUUAUUUAAUAAAAAAAGAGAAAUUAAUAUUUUAUUUUAUUGUCAAAAUUUAUGUUUUAGAAAUGUCAUGUGUGUGAGUAUCGAUCUCCUAGCUACGCAUUAUUUUACUUCCAUUCGCUCUUGACAAUGGAAUUUAACUUUUAUCUACUAGGAAAUAGGGCCUAACAUCAGGUUGACCAAAAGCCCUGUCUUUGUAAAAUGUAGAUAAAUCUUUUAUGUAAAAAAAUAACAUUUUGUAAGUAGGUAUUAAGUCUCCUUAAUGAUUGCAUUGAUAAUUAUACCGUUCGCCGUAGUUGAGCAUUCGCAAUGACCGACAAUAAGCGCCGCGUACUUAAUUAUUUUGUAAUAAAGUGCGUGUCUCAAUAUAAAGACAAUCUGUGUUAGUUGGUUAGAGACCAUAGAGUAAACUUGCAUUUAUAUAACUGCUGAACAUUUGGCGUGGCUAAUGGAAAAUGUUGAAACUUCACGAAAAAGUUGAAUUCAGUAACCUUAGUACGAGUUUGCUUUACGUUUAAAGUGAUAGGAGCGCGUUCUCUGAUUGGUCGGCUCGAAUAAAUCAACCAAUCACAGCUCCGAAGUCGCUCUCGUUUCGAUUACUUUAAAUGUAAAAAAACUCAUUCUAAGGUUACACGCUAGUACAAGGUUGUUUUACGUUGAUCGAAUCAUGGCCGCGUUCAGUCCUCUGAUUGGGUAGUUUAUGUGAGCCGGCCAAUCAGAGUGCUAAACGAAAUUUUCGAUCUCGUACAACAAACUCGUAAUAAGCCCUCAUAUUCUCUAAAUUUCUCACAUUUAUAAGUUUUCGCAUAUUUAAUUAGCGACGCCAAUAUGUUUAGCUUCCUGACAAAACCCUAUUGUGCUGUAAAUCCCGUGUGUGUAGGAUUGUUCUUGUAUGUAUUUACUAUUUAUAUUUAUCAUUUACUGUAUAUUGUUUUAUUUGUAUCUUAAUGAUAUCUGACUUGAGCCAAAUUGAUGGGCAGAUAUGUAUUAGGAAAUUUAUUAUAUGAACGAAUAUUGUAUGACUGUCUUAAUCAGAGAAACUUGGAAAGGUUAUAGGACUAUGUUAUUAUUGAAUCAAACAAAAUUACUUUUUAAAUUUAAAAAAGCAAAAUUUUCAAUAUCAAAACUUUAAAUAAAAUUACAUCUCUUUCAUUGAAUGCCAGAAGUGAGCAAUUUAUCAUUUUAAUCUAAAAACCGAUAUCGAAAUAAAACAUUGUAUUAUUAAAGUUGAUGUGAUUAAUAUAAGGACUAGAUUUAAUAUUUAAUUUAUACAAAUAGCUGUAAGUAUUCUUAUUAAAUAAAUGAUUUAGAAAUUAA